AUGGCUGAUGAGGGAACAAAAAAACAUUCAAUCCUUGAGUUCUUCUCGGGUAUCGGAGGCAUGCAUUAUGCAGCUGAAAACUGGUCUCGUGCGUCCUCUUCUUCGAGAUCUGUGGAGAUUGUGGCAGCGUUUGAAGUCAGCGACGUAUGCAAUCUGGUUUACUCGAGCAACUUUGGAGAGAAUCCGAUACAAAGAUCCAUCGAGCACCUUGACGCCUCGUAUCUGGAUUCUUUUAAUGCCGAUACCUGGCUGAUGAGCCCGCCGUGUCAGCCAUACACCUCUAUGGGCAAGCAGAAAGAUGACCAGGAUCCUCGCGCUCGCGCUCUUCUUCAUCUUUGCCAGGUUGUGCAAGACAUGCAGAGACCUCCCAACUUCAUUCUGCUUGAGAACGUCAACAACUUCCAGCACAGCAACAGUCAUGACCGAUGGCUUCAAGCGCUGGGAAGCAUAGGUUUCAUGGUCCAUGAGUUUUUGCUCUCCCCGACACAGUUUGGGAUUCCGAACGAAAGGAUAAGGUACUAUGCUCUUGCCCGACGUAUCGGGAAAUCUUCGUGGAAUCCAGACGACAUUGGAAAGUUGCUUCGAUACAUCCCUGGUCGGGAAGAUGUAGUUUGUGCAGCAGAGGAGGUCGAGGAGGUUGCAGCGUAUCUUGACGAGUCCAGCCAAGUUGAUUUAACCCCUUACAUGGUUGCCGACAACGAUCUCAUGAAAUGGAAGCACGGGCUGCAGGGCUAUGUUUUCGACAUCGUGACUCCAGAGUCUCGUCGAUGUUCUUGCUUCACAAAGUCAUACUCCAAGUAUAUCAGGGGAACCGGCUCGUUGCUGUCUACCAACUUCUACGACGAGGAGGGGAGGUUGAAGAAAAUGAACUUCAUUGUCCUGCCUCACUCUGGCUCGUCAAGGUGUAUCUUCGACGUAGAGGAUCCAUGGAGCAUUCAGGAUCUCAACGCUAUGCGGGGCCUCAAGCUUCGGUACUUCACCGAGACUGAGGUGUCAAGGCUGAUGGGAUUUCCGGAGGAAAGGUUCAAGUUCCCGCAAGAGAUGCUCUACCCCAAGUCGCGAUUGGGUUAUCGCAUGUUGGGGAACAGUCUGAACGUGGAGGUGGUGGCGUCGCUCUUGGAGUAUCUCUUCAAGGAAGAUUGA